AUGGAAUUAAAUAGUGAUUUAGAUCUAACGUUCUUCAAUGAUUCUGAUGAUGAUUUUCUCAAUGAUGGUAUAUUCUCGGAGUUCACGUCUAAACACAUUAGAAAGUCCUCUGGUUUCCACAAGUCAUCAUCCUCAUUAAAAGGCAUUCAUUCAACAACAAAAAUCAAUCGUAAUUCGAGUAAAGGAACAUCCAGACAUCGUAAGCUCCCUGGUCCAGCAGGUUUACUUCCAAAGCUCCAUGAACAUGGGAAUCGUCAGCGACCUAUGAUUGGGUCAAAAUCACCCAAAAAGAAGAAAGCUGAUACGGUAUCUACUUUGACUGAAAGCUGUCUAUCACCACCGUUAUCUCAAAACCAAUCAUCUUCAAGUCAAAGUGAAGAAGCUGCUUUGUUAAACAGACUACAGUCAGAAUGUGGUUCAACCAUAUGGUCGGUUGUUGAAAAAUAUUCCGUCAGAGAAAUUUUAAAAAUGAUCACUUCUAAUCAACUACCGAAAGGUAAAAUCCCAAUCAUGUGCGGUUUUCUUGAUGAAGUUGAACUAAUGCCUACGGACGCAAAAGCACUGUUAAAAGACAAUUCAGGAGUUUUGGCUUGCACAAUCCACCGUUCAGUGAUAAAAGAAUAUAAAAACGACUUGGGUUGUUGUUCCCUACUUCUGUUGAAACAGGUCACUAUUUUCAGUCCAACUGGCAAAAAGUUUUAUGCCAAUAUAACUCUUCCAAAUAUUGUAAAAAUAUAUACCCCCGAAAAUACCAUCAUUACUUCAGCAUCUGGUCAUCAUACAACAGUACCUCUUUCUUCUCCAUUAUCUCUUCGAGAAGUGGAAGCUUUAGAGGAAGAUUGUUUAAGAGCUGUUUCACCACCUCCAACGCCAAUACCACAAACAAUUUCGAUAUCUCCCAUCUUAAAACCUACCUCUUAUCGGAUACAACCACAAAUUAAUCAAUCUUCAUCUGGUUUAAAAUCAGAAUUAUCAACGACAAAAAGUCUUACAACGUUACAAUUACGUUCGAAUGGUUUAGGUUCUUUACUGAAGUCUAAUUCAAUCCCAGUCAAUAAUAAAGUUAAACCAAUCUGUGAUACUACUACUACUACUACUACUACUACUACUAAUAAUAAUAAUAAUAAUAAUAAUAAUAAUAAUAAUAAUUUACAGAAAAAAGAUCACCAAUACAAUGUGAACUCAACGACUAAUGUCACUUCUACGACUCAUCCUACUCCUCCUACUACUACCCUACCUGAUCUAGUAACAAUGAAAGAUGAUCUUUUAGAAGAUGACAUGGAUGAUUUAUUAUCUAGUCUAGCUGAUGAAAUUCCUUAAAUAAUAAUAAAUAGAUUGACACAAUGUAAAACAAUAAACAUACAAAUAAAUCAAAUGGUAAUGUAAUCUAUGAAAUAGAUAUAAAUGAUCUUCUCUUUAGUGUAAUAUACAUCAAGAUUGUUUCGUCUCCUCCUCCUCCUCCUCCUCCUCCUCCACCUCCUCCUUCUGCUCCUUCUUCUUCUUCUGCUCCUUCUUCUUCUUCUUCUUCUUCUUCUCCUUCUUCUUCUUGUUCUUGUUCAUCGUCUUGUUCUAGAUUAUUAAUUAUUAUUUGACUAUUGAAUGUGAUGACUUUUGAACAACUUUCAAGUGAUCUGAAGACUAUACACCUUUAUAUUAUAUAACUAAAUGAAGGUGAUAAAUCAAUUUGAAGAAUAAGGAUUAAUAUUUACAGUUGAUAAUUAAGGGGGUUUUAAAAAUUACAUAUAACGUUGUUAUCAUUGAUCAUAAUAAAAAGAUGAAUGAAUUUUUUCGCGCCAAAAUUUGCUAUCGUCAAUUUGAUUGGUUCAUCUAUAAAUUAUAGUCUUGUCAACUAUUUACUAUAUUACGUAAUUUUUUCAUUAGUAAAUCCAAUUUGUUAUGAGAGUUAUUGCUGUUGUUGUCGUUGCUGCUGCUGCUGCUGCUAUUGUUGUUGUUGUUGUUGUUGUUGUGUUGUUGCAUAUAGAUUCAAAUGGAUUGUUGAUCAUUGUAUAUAAAAUGAAAUUAUUCAUCUCUCUUAAUGUA